GCCAACCGCACGCAACAUUCAUUCAUUCAUUCUGGCAUCCGGAUCACAGUUUUCCCAUACACACGUCGACCCACGGGCAGGUCCCACUCACAAAUGGUACGUCACACCCACACAACCGAUCACGGCACGACCUCACACACAACAAGUCCCUCCUACUCAGAGACAUGUAACCAACACCGCCAACCCUAAAAGACCCAACCACUUAAUUGCCAACACGCCACUCACCUAUCUCAUCGAGCCCUGCAUACGAUGCAUUCACCUGCCCUCGUCCACCGUGUCCAGCAGCGGCUCCGUCAGGUCUCUGCUCAGCCUCUUUCCAAACCCCGCCGCAGGUGUCCUGGGUGACAAUAUGGAUGACGAACGGGUCGGCGGAUGCGGUCGCUUCCCCUCAAGGUACUCCCUCUCGAGUCGAUCACGGGUUUUGCGCCACCACCGCUGCACCGCCAUCACCUACACACACACGCACACACGCACCACGCCAUUGGUAGGUGCAUCUUCCCCUCUGCCCCCUAGCUGUGUGUGUGUGUGUGUUCUUCUCGUUGGUACCGCUCGGACGGAUACUGUGAAGCUGAGGUCGUCCCAGUGCUGAUGCUGAGCGAUCGGCAGGGCCGUCCGGUGGCAGGCCACACCAGGAUCGAAGAGAGACCUCGCAUCGGUGGCCAGAAACAGGGUGGCGGUGAGCGCCUGCAGUGCUGCGAGAAAGCCGAUGAGCCAGCUGAGCGGCUGGCCCACCAUGGGCACCGUGGGGUCGUUCAUGAGCCCCUGGUCGUCCAGAUUGAAGAUGAGGGCGUUGACACUCAUCGACACGAUCCCUGAAGCAAGCAAGGAAAAAGUGAAAACAAUGCGCAAGUGGAUGCACCUCCCUCCCUCUCUCCCCCCCAUUACCAGUGAAGAGGAGAAUACGCGCUAUGGUUGGGUAGUUGUGCGGCCUCCACCAUGGCGGCAGGAACUCUAUCUCGCUCUCGAGGAGGAUGAGCAGCCCACCGUACAGCAGGAAGAUGAACCCGGCCAGGUACAGGCUGCACUCCAUCUCGGAUGUCCCCACGGAGAACCGAAGCGAUAACGCCCACAACGACCACAAAGGAUACCUGCCCACCGACCAAACCAGAACCAAAGCACCCCUGUGUGUCUGCGGCAUCCGUCCGUUGCUUCCAUUGCUUUUCCACUCACCCGCAGAUGGCCCCCAGGUUGCCGAGGGGGUAGAUGAUGGUCGGCCUCUCCCCUGACGGCAGCGUCAGCCAGUCGAUGGUCGUCACCAGGGAGUAGACGAACCAGAAGAUGUACACGACAGUCACCAUCAGCAUCCCCGCCUCGUCAGCCACGAGUGUCGACGCCAGCUCCACAAUCUCCACCAGCACCGACACGUAGGCCAUCAUGAUCAGCCCCACCUGGUCCUUCGUCAGGUGCCGCCAGGAGCACUUCCGCAGCUCGCUCGGCACAAUGCCUGCCAGCCAGUCAUUCUUGGAGUGCCCGGAGGUGGAGCACCGACUCUUCUUCUGGACACGCUUGAGCCUGCAGUAAGUCGAGUAGGCGUCGACCUCGGCAGCACACACUGCAACACAGACAGUGCACCCACCGCUAUUCAUUCACUGUGCUGCAUUGUCGGUGAUGGGCUACAUACCUGCAUUGAACUGUUUCCUCCGCUCCUCUGCCUGCGCCUUGCGGUCCUGCCCGGAGAUAAUGGGGCCUUGUGUGUGUGGGUGCUGAUGGUGGUCACUGUCGCAUCGCGGGCGGGCUGAUUGCGGUGCGUCCAGCUGCAGCUGCUUCAUAGCCAGGGGCUCGAUAGAGGCGCUCGUGUGGCGGAGGCCGUCGUCCUUCAUGGCGACAGGAUCUUUU